AUGCCUGACAUUCGGUCCUUUUUUGGGCCAAAGGGAGGCGCACCGCCCAAGCCUCCAGCGAAGAAGGUUGAGGAACCUCCGAAAGGUCGAAGAAACAGGAAAGUCGUCGAGGACAGCGACGACGACAAUGAGCCUGCUCCUGCACCAAGCGAGGCUGUCAAUGGCACCGAGACCACUGCUAGCGACUACUUUUCCACGUCCAAAUCUGCCAAGGCCUCCAAACCCGCGCCCGCGACAAAGGCAGACCAAACGACAAAACCGAAGCGUGUGGCUUCUCGGAGCGCUGCAACUGCGACUCCAACUAAGAGCACCAGAGCGACAGCAGGCACGAAAAGGCGCAAAACACCCGAAGAGGACGAAGAAGAGUCUGAGGAGGACCAGCCACCGAAGAAGAAGGCCCCAGCCAAGCCGCGUGCACCCAGAGCUAAGAAAGCCGACGAACCUGAAGAUGCCGCGUACCAGUCGAUCCUGGACGACAUCCCUACCGUUCGCCCCCCUACACCCCCAGCCAAGGACCCGGAUGCGAAGUUUGACUGGAGGAAGAACGCUGGUUCUGGCGGAAAUAGCAAUGCAGUGCCUCCAAAUGCAGGCGCUGCUGAAUUGCCCGAGGGCGAAGAGGAGUGUCUCUCGGGCCUGACCUUUGUCUUCACUGGUGUCCUUCAAACUCUCGGUCGUGAAGAGGGCCAGGCGCUGGUCAAAAAGUACGGUGGCAAAGUCACUGGAGCACCGAGUAGCAAGACCAGCUAUGUUGUUCUCGGAGAUGAUGCGGGCCCCAGCAAGCUCAAGAAGAUUAGAGACAUGAACAUCAAGACCAUCAACGAGGAGGGCCUUUUUGAACUCGUCAGACGACUGCCCGCCUACGGUGGUGGCGGCAAAGGUGCCGAGAAGGCUAGAGAGAAAAAGAAGAAGGACGAAGAGGCUAUCAAGAAACAGGCCCUGGAAAUGGAGCGAGAAGAAAAGGCUAGAAAGGCUGCGGCAGAGAAGGCGGCCAAGGAAGCUGCUUCUGCGCGCGGAAUCGCUGCGGUGCCGACUCCUACCACAACUCCAGUGCAGCUCUGGACCUCCAAGUAUGCGCCAACCCAACUAAACCACAUUUGCGGCAACAAGGCGCAGGUUGAGAAAAUUCAGGCUUGGCUCAACAACUGGCAAAAGGCAAGAAAGUACGAUUUCCAGAGGCGCGGUGCGGACGGCAUGGGUGGUACGCGUGCUAUCAUCAUCUCGGGACCUCCAGGCAUCGGCAAGACGACUGCUGCUCACUUGGCUGCCAAACUCGCAGGAUUCGAUGUCAUUGAGAGCAACGCCAGUGACACCCGCAGCAAGAAACUUGUCGAGAACGGUGUGAGUGACAUCAUGAACAACACAUCGCUUCUCGGCUUUUUUGCGGGAGAUGGCAAAGAGGUCAAUGGAGAAAAGAAGAACAUCGUCCUGAUCAUGGACGAAGUUGAUGGAAUGUCAGCAGGAGAUCGUGGCGGUGUUGGUGCUCUGGCAAAGUUUUGCAAGAAGACUGAGAUACCCCUCAUUCUCAUCUGCAACGAGCGUAAAUUGCCAAAGAUGAAGCCUUUCGACUUUGUGGCUAUGGAUGUCCCCUUCCGACGGCCAACGGUAGAGCAGGUUCGGUCCCGUAUAAUGACCAUUUGCCACCGCGAAGGGAUGAAGCUCCCUGCGCCCGUUAUCGAUGCUCUGAUCGAAGGCAGCAACAAGGAUAUCCGCCAAAUCAUCAACAUGCUCUCUUCCGCCAAGCUUGACCAGGCCGCGAUGAGUUUCGACAAAGGCAAGGCGAUGACGAAAGCCUGGGAGAAGCAUGUUAUUCUCAAGCCAUGGGACAUUUGCCAAAAGAUGCUUGCGGGCGGAUUGUUCGCUCCAGCAAGCAAGACCACCCUGAACGAAAAGAUUGAGCUCUAUUUCAAUGACCACGAGUUCAGCUACCUCAUGAUUCAGGAGAACUACCUCAGGACGAAGCCUAUGGCACUCAGCAACAGAGGUUACAACAAGCGGGAAGAAAACCUCAAAUACCUCGAACUGGUGGAUCAGGCAGCGGAGAGCAUCAGCGAUGGCGACCUGGUCGAUCGUAUGAUUCACGGGCCUCAACAGCAAUGGAGUCUGAUGCCUACUCAUGCAGUCUUCAGUACAGUCCGACCUUCAAGUUUUGUGGCCGGUCAGCUCAUGGGUUCCAACUUCACUUCUUGGCUCGGCAAUAACAGCAAGACUGGCAAGCUUGGUCGAUACGUCCGUGAGCUGCAUUCUCACAUGCGACUCAAGUCUUCAGGCGAUGCUAACGAGAUCCGCCAACAAUACUUGCCAGUCCUCUGGGACCAGACGGUUCGCCGCUUGUCUGUUGAAGGCAAGGACUCCGUCGACGAUAUCAUUGCGCUGAUGGAUAGCUACUAUCUGACGCGAGACGACUUCGAUGCGAUCCAGGAGCUUGGUGUCGGUCCGCAAGCUGAAGGCCGAGCCGACAUUGAGUCAAAGACAAAGGCGGCGUUCACGCGAACUUAUAACGCCAUGUCUCAUCCUAUUCCCUUCAUGAAGGCCAGCAACGUCAUGGAACCAAAGAAGGCCGCGAAGCAGGCCCCCGACCUUGAGGAAGCCAUUGAGGAAGAGGAUGAUGCUGAUGUCGUUGAGCCUGCUGAGCCAGUCGAGGACGACCAGCUCGACUUGAAGGGAGACAAAUACAUCAAGCAGCCGAAGCCCAAGGCCAAGCGGGCUACCAAGAAAGCCAAGGCAGACGAUGAGGAGGACGAUGCAGAUGUCAAGCCGAAGAAGGGCAAGUCCAGUGCAAAGACAACGGCCGCCAAGGGAAAGGGCAAGAAGUAA